GUACGGGCUAGUCUUAUUAGAUAAGUAUAUACCUGGAACAGUUACUAUUGGCUUGCAAAGAUUAGAUUAAAUUCCCUUCGCUCUUCUGCCCUUUGUUCAGUCCGAGGUAAGGGUUAUGUUUAUGUGUAGCUAAUCCAAAAGUCUGUGUCGGCCUUUGAGAGAAUGAGUGGGUUUCCUUCGGAGCAUGAUGGAUCAGUUCGCAGAUAAGGUCAUGGAGAGUCCAUCCAUAAAUUCAUAUGGAAAAACCUUCUUCUCUAUCUGAACCUGUCAGCAUAAUCCAAAGUCCCUGCUCUUCCUCAGAUGCCUCCUCCUCCUUCUGAUCCUGUAAGCCCUAACAACUCUCUUUGAAUUCUCUCCUUACUCCCUUUUUAGCCUGCCGCUGUUUCUUUUUCUGUCUAUACUUUGAGCCACACACAAUAAGCAGAAGAAAUGGAUUUCAAGAUGGGUAAUACAAAAAAUUUGAGGAAGGAAAGCAGCAACUUUGCAUCCAGGCUCCGUGACCAUGUGAAAAUGGGGUCAAAACUGUCUGAAACAGUGAAGGGAAAGUUGAGGUUGGGGGCCAAGAUCAUUCAAGAAGGCGGAAGGGAGAAUAUUUUCAAACAAAAAUUUGGAAUGGCAGAAGGAGAGGAGAUGCUAAAGGCUUCCCAAUGUUAUCUGUCAACAACAGCUGGCCCUAUUGCAGGCCUCUUGUUUGUUUCUACAGAAAAGGUGGCCUUCAUCAGUGAUAGUUUAAUCACCGUUUCUAGUGCUACUGGACAAUCAAUCAGGAUACCUUACAAGGUUAUGAUACCAAUAAGGAAGAUCAAAAGAGCCAACCGGAGUGAGAACGUGAACAAGCCAGCAGAAAAGUACUUAGAAGUAGUGACGAAAGAUUGUUUCGAGUUCUGGUUCAUGGGGUUCCUACGGUACGAGCAAGCUCUUGAUAGUCUUCAAAAAGCCCUCUGGUUGGUCGACAUUCAGCUAACUCCAAAAUGUAGAAGAAGGCUGUUUCUAAAAUCUGCAUAGGAUACAAAAAUCUCCAAUUUUUCCAUCAGGGAAAUUAAUAGGUUCGAGAAGUUUUGUUAAAGAGAAAAGGCUCUUCUGAUUGUGCAAACCAUACAACAUUCGUAUUCAACGUUUAUCACAUAGUAUGGUAGAAGAGAUUUUUUUUUUUUUUCCUUUGUGUGUGCCGCCUACUGUUGACUUACGACACAAUGUGCCCAAGAAAAUGCCUACAAACUGACCAGGCAAUGGAAUAUGCUACAAAUCCCAGUAUAACAUGUACUCUACGCCGGCCUAGUAUUUUUCUUUUGUUUGAUCAAGCUUAGUCAUACCUGACCAAACAUAUGUAGCAUAUAGAGUCAGAAGAAUUAU